AUGGACUUCGCACCGAAACCAGGCUGCCCAAUGUGCGGCAUCGUCGCGUCUGCCCAGCGGGACCCUCUGGCUUCGCCGACCACCAGGCCCCGAGGCGGUACUGGAAGCCUUCAACCUGAGAUUCUGUGGCGCGACGACAACUUCACGAUCUACCGGGAACGCGCGCACCCGGUCUCCAGCAAGGGUCAUAUUAUCAUCGCGUUCAACCUACACGUGCCGUCCAUAUACACGCUGUCUUCCAGCGACCUGCCCCUGCUCGCCGCCGUCAAAACACUCGCGACAAAGCAACUCUCUGGGCUUCUCGCCGCCGGCAACCUCUCUACCCCCAGUUCGCCGCUGACACCUGGCACCCCAGGGUUGAGAAGUUUGGCGCUCGGAUCGACACCCAUCGACGCAUCCCAGUUCAAAAUUGGGUUUAUUACGCCUCCCUUCAGAGAUAACAAGAUCCCUGUCACCGACCAUCUUCACGCGCACGCAUACAUUCAACCCGCGGAUUUGGCGGGCUGGUGGCGCUCCGUGGCAUAUGGGCCGCUAGCAUGGUACUCCAUCGACGACCUCAUCGCCGAGAUUCGGGAAUCGACGUCGAACAACCGCAUCAGGUCUGGAUAUGACGACACGGGUCGCGCUGAGCGUAAGCGCCCCAUCGACCAAAUACCGGACGCCGGCGCGCGGACUGGCACCGCGUACGGCGUCGACAUGACCGACCCCGGUAUUGCGUCACCUGACCUCGAAACGGGCGAAGGGCCUGUUACACCGCUCGCCACUAGGCCGCUCACGCCGAAUAUGCUUUCGCCCGUGCCGCACCUCUCCUUGUCGCCUCCUUCAUGAAGGUCGGGAAGGCAGUUGUCAUUCGUCCAAUUUCGUCCCUGCCCGUACAUUUUAUACCCUAAUCCAUCCGCUCACUUUUGGUUGUACUGCAAUAACAUCAUUCGAAGGGCCUCGUCAUGCAUUGCAUUAUUUCUCAACACCGAACGGCCACCGUUGUGUAUCAUAAACUAUCGUACAGGGCAGAUUAUUAUGUCUCG